CGUAUGCAUUUUUUUCCCUAAAUGUAAUGGAUAAUUUGGUCAUUUCACUUUCUUAAAUAUGACGCAAAACUUGAGCGGGUACAUCCCUACUCCACUGCCUUCCUAUGCUGACACGCACGGGUGCAAACAAGAAGAUAGACUAUACGUUUUCAGUCCAAACUUACAGGUGACAGUACCAAAUAGUGUUUUUCAGGUUUAUUUUGCUUAUCAUACGAUUCCGAGACAUACAUGUAUGAAAUAUCUCAACAGUGGGGCAUCGAUCUUUCAUUUUUUUUCUUUUAUCGUUACUGAAAGUGAGCGACCUGGAAACCGUAGCCUAGUCAAAAUAUUGUGGGCUUUAGCUAGGAUUUGAAGUGAAGGCAGGUCUGACAGUUCAUUGUUAUGGAUAUUGCAACAGGUCCCGAGUCACUAGAACGCUGUUUCUGGAAGAGACACCAGUCCAAGUACCCAAGGAUGUUAGACGGUAUUAAGAUUGAAGAUCAACCACACCGUCAAGCUACCCUCGGAGUCAUGCUUGGGACGGAAUGCCAUCACCAAUCUCUGUGUGAAGGAUGCCAGCGUCCAAUAUCUGACCGGUUUCUGAUGAGAGUCAACGAUUCCUCAUGGCACGAGGAGUGUUUGCAGUGCGCUAUGUGUCUACAACCUCUCACUGCCAGUUGUUACUUCCGGGAUAGAAAAUUGUACUGCAAACGUGACUACCAACAAUUGUUUGCCACCAAGUGCAGUGGAUGCCUGGAGAAGAUCGCCCCCACAGAGUUUGUGAUGCGUGCCCUGGAGUGUGUAUACCACCUCAACUGCUUCUCCUGCUGUGUUUGUGACCGGCAACUAAGGAAAGGGGACGAGUUCGUCCUGAAGGAGGGCCAGCUGCUGUGUAAGAGUGACUACGAGAAGGAGAAGGACCUGCUCAGUUCUGUCAGCCCAGAUGACUCAGACUCAGAGAAAAGUGAUGAUGAAGAUCUGGAUAUCAAGCAGGAGAAAGGCACAGGAGGCCCGGGGAAGGCAGAUGAUGGGAAGGACCCCAGGAGGCCCAAGCGGCCACGCACUAUUCUGACCACUCAGCAGAGACGAGCCUUCAAAGCCUCCUUUGAGGUGUCUUCCAAACCCUGCAGAAAGGUGAGGGAGACCUUGGCCGCUGAGACUGGCCUAAGUGUUCGUGUGGUUCAGGUGUGGUUUCAAAACCAGCGAGCUAAGAUGAAAAAGUUGGCAAGACGACAGCAGCAGCAACAAGAACAACAGAAUUCUCAGCGACUUGGCCAAGAGGUGAUGUCCAAUCGGAUGGAGGGCAUAAUGAACUCUUUUACGCCAUUAGCCCCACCCCAGCAGCAGCUAGUUGCCAUGGAUCAGAACGGCUACAGUACGGACCCCUUUCAGCAGGGCCUCACCCCGCCACAGAUGCCCGGAGACCACAUGAACCCUUAUGGUAAUGAUUCCAUUUUCCAUGACAUAGACAGUGACACAUCUUUAACCAGCCUCAGUGACUGCUUCAUGGCAUCUUCAGAGGUCAACAUGCAAGCACGUGUGGGACCAAUUGACCGACUUUAUUCCAUGCAGAACUCUUAUUUUGCAUCAUGAAAGCCACAUACAGAAAUGAUUUUAGUUAUUAUAGCAGGUCAUUCACAAACUCUGCUUCCCAACUUCCUCAACUGCCUCACAUAAAGGAGUUUUCACACUGUUAUGGACAAGACAUACGCAUCGACCUCUUCUAAUGACUCCUGGAUCAUGUGCAGUCGAUGGACUGAAAAAGAGAAACAAAUUCUCUAAAACUAUUCUCCUUUUCUGAGAUUAUUGGUGUCAUAUUUGUAUAUUACUGUCAUAGAGGUAGCACACCUUUCUUUGUCCACAUUAAGACAUUUCUCAAAGCCACUGUUGAAAAUUCAAAUCAAAUACAACAGGCCCACCAGUUCUCAUUAUGCAUGUCUUCAUAAUUAACUGUACGACCAUAUGACCUAAACCCAUAAAAAACAUCCUGUAAAUUGUUGAGGUAUAGGAAUGUGGUGUCGGAACUCCAUGUUUCCUCUUUAUAAUGCAUUUUGAUCACAUUGAUAGUUUUAGCCCUAAAGAGAAGAUGUUGUGCUCACAGUAAAUAUACAGAAUGUGUUUGCAAGAGAGGAUGUGAGUAUGUGUGUGUGCGCGUGUGUGUGUCAGAGAAAGAGUGUAGACAUAUACCUUCAGAAAAAGAAAUAGGGAGUACAGUGUCUGUUCAGUGUAAAUAUUUUCCCAAGCAAAUUGGUUGUGCAUGUUAAAAUGGAAACCAUUCUAUUUAUUUAACUAUAACAUGCUCUUGAAGGUACUUAUAAGUCUGAGAAGCUUUAUUUAAAAAGGAGAACAUUUUGUUAUGUCAUAAGUGAUUAUAAAAUUACAAAAUGAAUUUGUAUGCCAUUUUAUUAUGAACCAUAACCCUGUUUUAGCCAAGCUGGAAAUUAGCAAAAGUGUGCUAUUUAUUUCUUACAGA